CUUGCUGCUUGAUAUGUAGCAUUUUAUUGCCACGCAAUUCACCAUGAUCACCAACAAUGUGCUAUGUAGUGCAGUAGCGCGGAUAACAACUCUUGAUUGAAAUGCUACUUCAUUACUCCCUGUUGCUUUUCAUCUACUUGCAUGCUCACUCGCUUGCUUACAUUCGUUUAAUAUGAGGGGUCUUCUCUUCCUAACGCUCGCUGCUAAUCUAGGCUCUGCCUUUGCUCAGGUUGUUGACUUGGGAUUAGCGGCGUCGUAUGGGGUUCUUGCUCAUGCUUCAAUCUCUAACUCCGGCCCUACGACUGUUAAUGGAGAUAUUGGAACUACCGGCACAUCUAUAGUUGGAUUUCCCCCGGGAGUCUACACUGGAAAUAGAAACGUAGGCUUGCUAGCUACUACUGCUUUCAACAAUGCUGAAGCCGCAUACACAACCCUUGGCCAACUACCAGGCAUUAUUUUAGUUGGAAAUCUAGGAGGAAGGCUUCUCCCGCCAGGAGUUUACAGGUUCCCUACAGCUGCAGUAUUGUCCGGUACCUUGAUUCUUGCAGGACAGGGUUCCCCUUGCGACUCAUGGGUCUUUCUAAUCGGCAGCACUCUGUCUACUUCGGUUGGAUCAUCUGUGAUAGUAACGGGAGGAGGGAAUCCCGGCAACGUCUUCUGGAGGGUUGGAGCAUCGGCUACUAUUCAAAUUGGCAGCCAGUUUAGUGGAAAUAUACUUGCCGGAGUCGCUGUUACGUUGAAUCCAGGAGCUUCCAUUCAGGGGAGUGUAUAUGCUCUUGGUUCAUCGGUUGUUUUGAACAGCAAUGAGGUUGCAGCACAGGCAAACUCUUGUCCAUUGGGUGCUUCAACAUCAACUUCUGUAUCAUCAACUUCUACAACCGCGUCCUCGGAUUCUUCGACGAGCACUGAUGUCUCAACAACCACGGACUCUUCAACCUCCACGACCACGGAUGUGACAACAACCACUUCGUCGGAUUCUUCAACAAGCACUGAUGUCUCAACCACUUCGACAAGCACUGAUGUCCCGACAAACACUUCAACCAGCACUGAUAUCCCGACAACCACAGACUCUUCCACCUCCACGGAUGUGACAACAACCACUUCGACAAGCACUGAUGUUUCGACAACCGACGUUUCGACAACCACUGAUAUCACAACAGCCACUUCGACAACCACUGAUGUCACAACAGCCACUUCGACAACCACUGAUGUCACAACAGCCACUUCAACAAGCACUGAUAUCCCAACAGCCACGGAUGUCACAACGGCCACGGAUACCACAACAGCCACGGAUAUCACAACAGCCACUUCCACCUCUACGGAUGUCACAACAACCACUUCGACAAGCACUGAUGUCCCAACUACCACAGACUCUUCAUCGUCAAGCUCCUCAGUUACAUCUGCGUUUGCGUCAUUAACAUCGACGUCUACGGCUUCAUUACCUUCUUUGACUAGUUCCACAAUAAUUUCUGUAACAAAUUCAUCGGCUAUAUCUUCUCCACCAGCAUCAACCACGUCGAUAGUCUAUGCAACAACCGUCUACACGAUCACGAAAUGCCCAGCAACUGUCACCAACUGCCCUAUUGGCUCUGCCACCACAGAGCUCAUCAGUCUAUACACGACUGUAUGCCCCGUAGCCGCCUCGGCAACAAAACAACCACCCUCCGGAUAUACCGUCUCAACCGUCUUCACUACUAUCGUCUACACGAUCACCAAGUGCCCUAAGACGGUCACAAACUGUCCUGUGGGAUCCGUCACAACGGAGAUCAGAAGCCUCUACACUACCACCUGCCCUGUCACACAAUCUUUUGUGAACAGUGUGCUAACUCCUCAGUCUAGCAUUCCUGCCCGUCCUGCUUCUUCCCAGCUUCCUGCUGCGGUAUUGCCAAGUAGGAUUUCUUCGAUAGCUAUUGCAAGCCCUGUCUCCACUGUGUCUCUAGCUUUGGGGCUCUCUGGUGCAGCCCCUGUCUCCUCUGUCUCUCCCGCCUCGGGGCCCUCUAGCGUCCAAGGCAGCGUCCUAGUGAUUGGAGCACCACCAUCAUCGAAUCUUGUGAUCUCGACCGUCACGGCAUCUAAGGGCACGGUUAACGUUUCUCAAACUUCUCAGCCUUCAGCUGCUUAUACGGGGCCAAUUUCUAGCAGUGGUGUAAUGAAUAAGGGUACUAGUGCAAGUUUGUUAGUUCUUGCGAUUGGGGCUCUACUAUUUUUGUAAGCCUAAUUAUUGUAUAUAGGGGUCGUACGUACGGCUCACAAAUAUUUAAUCUAAUUAUAUAAAUUUUACUUCUUAGGGAUGUCAGUUCAGGAUUUGGAAG